UCGCUUCGUUUCGUUGAGCAGCGCAGGCGUUGCCCUUUGAAUGUUUGUUUGUUUUCGCCCUCGACCACCCUUCAUGUAAAGAGGAAAGCAGAGGAACCAGAGGAAAGCGCGCGUUCUCACGGUACGAUGUUCAGGGAGGAGUAGCGAGUCUGUAAUCGGGAUCGUCGCAUCAACGGGGAGAGACAGGCCUCGCAAAAGUUCGCCGAAGUGUGACACACUCGCCGCCUUCUCUUUCGCUUACUUUACCUGUCUUCACGGUACUCUUCUGCGCAUUGUCCGUCGUACAACGCGAAAGAAACGCGCGGCCGAUCGUAGAAUCGCAAAGUGCGACCGGGACCCAGCCGCACCGGUGCCGAUUUCCUUCGAGAAAUCGAUUCGGUGAGGAAACAACAGCCCGGAGCCAAGCACAAGAAGACGAAGCAUUGAAAAUUGCAGUGUGAAUGAACGUGGACAGUCACUGAACGGACAAAAUUAGUGACUAAUACAGAAGUAACCAUGGAGGACGGUCAUUGCAAAACAGUGGACGAGGUGGUAAAUUUCUUUAAUGUCGACUCUGACAAAGGAUUAUCUCUUGACCAAGUUAAGAGGAACCAGGAGAAAUAUGGUCUCAAUGAAUUGCCAGCCGAGGAGGGAAAGUCUAUAUGGCAACUCGUCUUGGAGCAAUUCGACGACCUUCUAGUUAAGAUUCUUCUAUUAGCCGCUAUUAUUUCUUUUGUAUUAGCUUUAUUUGAGGAGCACGAGGAUGCGUUCACGGCCUUCGUCGAGCCCUUCGUCAUUUUGCUCAUUCUUAUUGCCAACGCCGUGGUCGGUGUGUGGCAAGAACGUAAUGCCGAGUCUGCGAUCGAAGCGUUGAAAGAGUACGAGCCUGAGAUGGGCAAGGUCCUGCGAAUGGACAAAGCCGGCGUCCAGAGGAUUCGUGCCAAGGAGAUCGUGCCCGGCGACAUCGUAGAAGUGUCCGUCGGUGACAAGAUCCCGGCCGAUAUCCGUCUAACCAAGAUCUUCUCGACUACCCUCAGGAUCGAUCAGUCUAUCCUGACCGGUGAAUCUGUCUCGGUGAUCAAGCAUACGGAUCCUGUGCCUGACCCACGUGCCGUCAAUCAGGACAAAAAGAACAUCUUAUUCUCUGGUACUAACGUAGCCGCGGGUAAGGCUCGUGGUGUCGUCAUUGGAACUGGACUGAACACCGCCAUUGGUAAGAUCCGUACCGAGAUGUCCGAAACCGAGGAGAUCAAGACACCUCUGCAACAGAAAUUGGACGAGUUUGGCGAACAAUUAUCGAAGGUUAUCUCCGUAAUCUGCGUGGCUGUCUGGGCCAUCAACAUUGGACACUUUAACGAUCCCGCUCAUGGUGGAUCUUGGAUCAAGGGAGCCAUCUACUACUUCAAGAUCGCCGUUGCCCUAGCCGUAGCCGCCAUUCCCGAAGGUUUACCGGCUGUAAUUACCACUUGCUUAGCUUUGGGUACCCGUCGUAUGGCGAAGAAGAACGCCAUCGUGCGAUCCUUGCCAUCCGUCGAGACCUUAGGUUGUACCUCUGUCAUCUGUUCGGACAAGACUGGUACCUUGACCACCAAUCAGAUGUCUGUUAGCCGAAUGUUCAUCUUCGAUAAGAUCGAGGGCAACGACAGCAGCUUCCACGAAUUCGAGAUCACUGGUUCGACCUACGAACCAGUGGGUGAGAUUUUCUUGAGAGGCAAGAAGAUUCGUGGUCAGGACUACGAAACUCUUCACGAAGUUGGUACGAUCUGUAUCAUGUGCAACGACUCCGCUAUCGAUUUCAAUGAAUUCAAACAAGCAUUCGAGAAGGUCGGCGAGGCAACAGAGACUGCUCUUAUUGUUCUUGCGGAGAAGAUCAAUCCGUACGGUGUCUCUAAGAGCGGACUGGAUAGGCGUAACACGGCCAUCGCUGCCAGACAAGACAUGGAGACGAAAUGGAAGAAAGAAUUCACUCUGGAGUUCUCUCGCGAUCGUAAAUCUAUGUCUUCUUACUGUACACCCUUGAAACCAACUAAAUUGGGUACUGGACCGAAAUUGUUCGUUAAGGGCGCCCCGGAAGGUGUCUUGGACAGGUGCACGCACGCUCGUGUUGGAUCUACCAAGGUUCCUCUUACGUCUACUCUGAAAAAUCGUAUAUUGGAUCUGACUCGCCAAUAUGGUACUGGCCGAGAUACUCUGCGUUGUCUUGCUCUUGCCACUGCUGAUCACCCAAUGAAACCUGACGAUAUGGAUCUUGAUGACUCCACGAAGUUCUACACGUACGAAAAGGACCUCACCUUCAUCGGUGUCGUUGGUAUGCUUGACCCACCUCGUAAGGAAGUAUUUGACUCGAUUGCCAGGUGUCGUGCCGCUGGUAUUCGUGUUAUUGUCAUUACUGGUGACAACAAGGCUACCGCUGAAGCCAUCUGUAGACGUAUCGGUGUCUUUAGUGAAGAUGAAGAUACGACCGGAAAGUCAUACUCUGGACGUGAAUUCGAUGAUCUUCCUUCGUCGGAACAGAAGGCUGCCUGCGCCAGAGCUCGUCUCUUCUCUCGUGUAGAACCCGCUCACAAAUCCAAGAUCGUUGAGUUCUUACAAAGCAUGAAUGAAAUUUCGGCUAUGACUGGUGAUGGUGUAAAUGAUGCGCCUGCUCUGAAAAAAGCCGAGAUUGGUAUUGCUAUGGGAUCUGGUACCGCUGUCGCGAAAUCUGCCUCUGAGAUGGUAUUAGCUGACGAUAACUUCUCUUCCAUUGUCGCCGCUGUUGAGGAAGGUCGUGCCAUCUAUAACAACAUGAAACAGUUCAUUCGUUAUCUGAUUUCUUCCAAUAUUGGUGAAGUCGUAAGUAUAUUCUUGACUGCCGCCCUCGGUCUUCCCGAAGCUCUGAUCCCUGUACAACUUUUGUGGGUCAACUUGGUAACUGACGGUCUUCCAGCUACUGCUCUCGGUUUUAAUCCACCUGACUUGGAUAUUAUGAGCAAGCCUCCUCGUAAAGCCGACGAAUCUCUCAUCUCUGGUUGGUUGUUCUUCCGCUAUAUGGCUAUUGGUGGAUAUGUAGGUGCUGCGACUGUUGGAUCAGCUGCAUGGUGGUUCAUGUACAGUCCGCAUGGACCACAGAUGAGCUACUAUCAACUGACUCAUCAUUUGGCGUGCUUGGGUGGUGGCGAUGAAUUCAAAGGCGUUAAUUGCAAGAUCUUCACAGAUCCUCAUCCCAUGACGAUGGCUCUGUCUGUACUCGUAACCAUUGAAAUGUUGAAUGCUAUGAACAGUUUAUCUGAGAAUCAGUCUCUCGUCACUAUGCCGCCUUGGUCUAACAUGUGGCUCAUUGCCUCUAUGGCUCUUUCUUUCACACUCCACUUUGUCAUCCUUUACAUCGACGUCCUUUCGUCUGUAUUCCAAGUUACUCCUCUAACGGGCGAGGAGUGGGUUACCGUUAUGAAGUUCUCCAUUCCAGUGGUACUUCUCGACGAAACUCUUAAGUUCAUUGCCAGAAAGUUCGCAGAUGGUGAGAAUCCAAUUGACUCAGUGCUUUGGAUCGUUCUAAUGUGGGCUGUGUUCUUUGGACUCUUAAGUAUUUGUCCCAUAUAGAACGUCCGUGAAAACAAACAUUUAGUCUAACAGACAGUGUUUUUCCUAUGGAAAACAUUUUGCAACUGAGUUCUCGGACUUGCAAUUGCAUUUAAACAAAAACCGAAGUUCUUCCCCGUUGCCCGGGAAGCCUCGAAGAUAAGUUAUUAAUUGAAGUGCGUUUAAGUGAGAUUUUAACCAGUUUGACUGUUGUGCAUGGUGUUAGUACAACCAAUACAGAUUUGCCACCAAGGCCCACCAUGCCCGCAUCACACCGUACCCUGAAGUCGCUCUACAAUCAUAUUACGGGUUUCAGUGGCUUCGAGUGAUAAAAAAGAGACCCCGCGCAAUCAAAACUAUUGUGAUUGUUAAAUUAUUUUCUACGAGUGCCUUUUAAACAUUAACUUUCCCUCCCCAACAAAAGAAAAGAAAGAAACAACACCCACCAAUGUUUUUUCUAACCUUGAUACAUUAGUACACCCGUUUCCCUAACCCUGUUGUUAAAACGUAUACACAUUGCAUGAUAUUUGAGCACAAUGCACUUCUAAAACAUUAAUUUAUUCAUCAACAGUUUGUGGUAUAGUACCUUCGAUUCUGAGUAGCCUAUAUAUUACUGUUUUAUACGUACUGCACAUCUGACGAUGUCUUAGCUUAAAAAAAAGAAAUUGCAAUAUUCCUUUAUUCUACUUCUCUUUAUCCAUGAAUUUCUUUUUAAUAAUUGAGACGUAAGCUAUUGCAAGUAAAGUCGAAUAUAGAAAUUCUCUUUAAAUUAGUUAAAACAUCGGCAGAAUAGAGUCCUAGAGAGCAUGUUGCACGAUAUUUUGCGGUAGUUCUAUUUUUGGGCACUUAACUUUUCUAACGCACAGCAGCACACACAUCAUAUAAUUUCGUUCGUUUCAUUUUUACUUGGAGAACAUCCUUAGAUGUUUUAUAUUUUCCUUGCCGUAUUUAUUUCUAAUUUUAAUUUUCUCUCACUGUUUAUCUUUCUAUCUAACUCUAGCCGCUUUUAUUGUUGCUUGUUCUUAAAACACUUGUUGUUAUUCGUUAAUCCUUAGCACUUGGAGUGUCUCCUUCGAUCAAGACGACAAAACUGGAACUGCCUAACCCGUUGCUGAAAUAUCAACGCAGAGAUUGUGCAUGAAGUUGAAAAAUUAAUGGAUCUCACCUUUGAACCCGUCUGUUAAUUAUGUCUUCCUUCCCUCGUAGACGAGUAAUUGCAUGCACAACCGUGGUAAUUUACCGAUGGUAAAUCCUAACCAAAACAAGAAUAUUCACCUCGUAGAACAAUCACUAUCAAUGGUUUUCGAAUCCUGCUGUGCUUUACCUAUUUCCUCGAUGAUACUCAAUUGUUAUAUCUGUUUAAGGCAUUCUUUAAUUACUCGAUAUUUAGCCUGGUACAAGUAAGAGUCAACUUCAACGGUGUACAGGUAAAAAACGAAAUUUACGCAUAUUUUAAUCUUUACCGUUGAAUUACGUUAGCACGGCAGGAUCAUCCUAACAUCUUUGCACUAUCAUUGCAUCCACGCUGUUACCUUCACGUGUACUUUACUGGAUGUGAUUUGUGUCUAAACAAUCGAUGCCACGUAAUAGAUUUGUAAUAUCACUAACUCACCGGACACGGGCUGCAAAGGCACAUUGCGUAUAAGAUACAAAAAAGAAAUAAUUCGACACUGAUCUAUGGCCUUUGACAGUCCGUGUCUCGUCAUAUUAAUCUCCCUCAGGAUGGUGGUCUGAACGCGAGAACGCUCGAUCAGGAAGUAUAUCUUUGUUCCUAUUAACAACAAUUGCUGAUAGUUCGAAGCAUUGGAAUCUCUUCACUUGACUCUUUCAUUGUGGAAUUAUAGAUAAAUAGCGAAAGAUAGUUUUAGCGUAUUUGAAUAAUAAACCAUUUCUACGAAAGUACACGUCAUCAGAUGAAUAAAUGAAUGACUUUAAUCAAUAAGUCGACAAAGGUGGAUCACCGCGAUGAAAGAGUUGACACCAUCACGAACGUUCACUGUCCGAUAAUCUAUCUUUUCUCUCUUUCCUUUGUACAGAGACACGAUAUAGUUUUCACAUAUAAGAAAUUUGUAAAAAUGAAUGUUACGAAUGUUAUUUACCCUGGACAGUAUAAAUGUGUUAGAUCAGUUCUUGCCACGUUACAAACGUUGCUCAGUCGAACUGCAUACAUAGCUUUUCCUGUAUAAAUACCUUCAUAUCCUCAUCAUCAUCGUCGUCGUUUUCUUCUUUCUCUUCUUCUAGUUGUUCUUGUUGUUACAACCAACGUAGAUAAGAAUGCUCGAGCAUCGAACGGGAUUUCGAGUUCAGAUUCGCCAUCAGAUACCCAUGCUAUAUAAUAUACACGCGCCACAUGCGAAAGCGAAAGAUUCGGUGUCGUCACGAGUAUAUGUGGGCCUUUUUAACGCAUCUAACUGCUGUCUCUUAGUCAUUUCUCUCAUUCGGGGUUUUAUAAAUCGUACCACGUUAGAAAGAUACGAAGAAAAAAAUAGUGUCAUUCGACCGAGUCGAGUGUCGUGUUUUCAUUUUCCUCUUUUUUUUUUUUUCUUUUUUUUUUUUUUUUUUUUUUUUUUUUUUUUUUUUUUUUUACGAGCAAACGAAGGCGAAAAAUAUAAAUCGGAUAAGCCAUUCCUCGACCAUGUGCAAACGCAACAAGACUGACGAUGUGGUCACGAGGAUCGCUUGCGUACCUUUUGCGUUCAAAAAAAGACGAGACGAUGAGAACGUUCUCUCUUUUUCUCUCCGUUCUUUUUUUUCUUUGUGUGUCCACCGUUCGUUCGACGCGACGAGUGCAUAUAAUUAAUUUAAUUCUGCGUGAGACAGCGUCAUUCGCAGUGUAACGACUAGUGUAAUAUAUAAAUAUACAUAUAUGUAUAUGUAUAUAUAUAUUAAUUACCGGUUAGGGCGCCAUACUACUUUGGUAUAGACAUAAUUAAACUUAAUCAGACCCGUGAAGCAAGGAUUCGUAAAGAAACAUCGAAAAGACUUGUACGAUCCGUUUGUCCACGUGCUUAAGGUGCAGCGCUAGAGCGUGCGCGCACUCUAAACCACGCUUUUAUUUUAUUUCAUACUCUUCCCUCCUUUUUCGAUUGUAUUCAACUCACUAACUUGUAUGUUUUAUUCGAAAUAACGGAAUUUACUUUUUGUACAGCGAGAUAUGAUGAAGUAUCGGCACGAUUUUCUCCGAUAAUCUCAUGCGAGAUACAGUCGAUGAACAAAAAAUGAAAGUGUAACGUUAUAAAUGUUUAACUUUUCCUCUUUUCUUCUUUCCCUGUCUUCGAAUUUAAUUAUCGUAUCAGCACGGAGAUGUCAGCGAAGAUCAUGGUGCCGAUACGGUCAGAAAAAGCAAAAAGAAAUAUUAAAAAGGUUAUUGAAAGAAAAAAAAAGAAAGAAAAGUAGGAACGGUCUGACAGCACUUCAUCAACGCUCAAUAAACAUUGACGAGAGAAAUUCCGUGCUUUCUUUCGUUCACUCGACGUCUCGAACGUUUGUAAGUACUUGCAUAUUGUGUGGAUUGUGUUCUCUUCAUCUUUCACUUUUCCUUUUCUUUUGCUCUUCGUUUACUUCCUCCCUUCUAAUUAACUCUCAUUGACAAAAGAUCCGUGACAAAGAAGCCGAGGAGCAGUAGAGAGUGCCAUCGAUGAAAGAGAAGGCCAAUGCAGCGUUGGGCAAUUGAUCGCACGUUUGAAUGGCGAUCGGCGCGCGCCUUCGAGUAUAUCUCCUUCGAUCGACGAUCGAAAGAGAAAUUAUUUUGGAAUUUGUCAGACAAAAAAAGAAAAAAAGAUAUAUAUAUAUAUAUAAGUAUAUAUAUUUUGACCUAUCUACCUUCGUAGUAUAAAUCUUCUCAUCCAAAGCUGAAGAAGAUAUAACUCGAAACGUAAUGAUUAACGAUUGAUUAAUAAUUGAAAGAAAGAAAACAAAUAAAAAGCAAGAGAGGGAGAAAUAAAUAAAUUAUUUAAAACUCCACAUUUUUUCUCAAGAAGCUUGCCCAACGCUUCAAGUAACCUAAUCUAGUACGAUAUAGCUACGAUGAUGAAACCACGGUCGCAUCGUUCGUGCAGGAAGUACCUAUUUCUAAUGAUAUAAUGAGAUAAUAAUAAUAUUAAUAUUAAUAAUAAUAAUAAUGAUUAAUAACUUAUAAUAGAGAGUGCGACUAUAUUGAAUGAUUUUUUCUGAUGCAUACUAUCAUCGCCACGGAUGCACGUUAUGGCGAGCCACGGUGUGUGAUGAUCCUAAUUAAUUAGACCCGGGUAUAUUCAUAGUUUAACGAGUAACCGGGACGAGGUUCGAUCUUGUACACGGAAAGAAGAAGUUAAUAGUAAUAUAAAGAAUUAUAAACGAUCGCGAGUUACUCGCAGGAUCGCUAUGAAAUAGAACAGUCUAUAUAUAUAUACAUAUAUAGAUACAUAUAUAUGUGUAUAUAUAUAUAUAUUAUACGUGUAUACCAAUAUUUCGAUCGAUGAUUGUAAAUUAACAAAAAGACAACGUCGAUCGAUUUAUAGGCGACAGAUAUUUUCAUCUGUCGUUAGUAAAAAUCGAAAGGUUUAUUUAUCAGUUUAUUUUUAUUUAUUCAAGUACACAUACACACAAACACACACAUAUAUACACACAGAAGUUCGAAUCGAGACCGGAAGAACAAUUAUAAGUGAAAGUAUAAAUAUCGCAUCGCGGCUAUCAUUAAUUUCAAUACGAUGAUUAACCGCGGUCCGAUCUAGUGCGUUACUUGUUGUAAUAAAAGAUAAGAAAAAAAAAAAAGGAAGAAAGAAAGAAAGAAAAAACAAUGAUGUGUUACUAAUGCGUGUUCGAAGUUUCAUUGAUCGGCCUACCACGAGUUAGAAAUUACUUGAUAAGAAUACGGUAUAUACUUGAGAAGUGGCAUCUGCCGCGUGUACGAACAUCGAACACUUAAUACAAUGUGAACUGUAAUAA